AUGGCGGCCGCCAUGGAGACCUUGGUCCAGGACGUUGGACAAGCAGUUUCGAAAUUUCAACUCAUCCAGGAAUGGAUGUUGGAUAAGCAGUCUGACAACACAGAGGCAGUGGAGAGGGCGAGCAAUGUUGAUGCAGUAGAGCUGGGAGAUGUCAGCGUACACUUGAAAUCUGACUUCAUGAGAAAAAGGAUAGUGUCAAGGAUAGAUGAAACCUUCAAGAAGAACCUGCAAAGCUUCAGUGGCCAUCAUAAAUCAAGCCAAACGUCCAGCCAUGUGCUCAGCAAGCAGAACUCUGUAUCCAGCCAGCUACUUGUUGGAGAAUGGGAGAAAGAAAGAAAGGCGACAAAUAAGACUCGGUCUGAGAGAGGAGAGUUUGGGACUGAGCUUGGACAGACAAACCCUGGGUUUACUGAGGAAUCCAUUGAGUCCACAAACAUGGGAAUAGCCUCAGAGGAAAAUAUCGUGGUUGGAAUCGUAAAAGAUGUUGCUAGUUAUAAAGACAACAAGGAAGUGUUCCACUUUGAUUUUGGACAUCAGUACUUCUAUGAGACCAAGAAGGAAUGUAAUGAAACAUGCAUUAGUAAAGCAGCAGACUGGUCUGAUGAUGCGAUUCGGCAGUGUUGGAGAAACCUGUUUGCGGUGGUAAGGAUCCUGGUGAACAUGGUCACUUUGUUUUUGAUUGAGCUGGUAAAUUUCUUAUGCCGGUCGGUCUUCCAGGUCCUGUUGGUGGGACUCUUGAUGGUAAUCGGAGAUCACCUACUGAAGCCACUCCUGGUAGCCUUGUUCAACAGUCUGCUGCAGCCCAUCAUGAUAUUUCUGCUGAACAUUUUCAUCGGAGUAAGAAACCUCUUGAACCCUUUAAUUGAUAUCUUCAGGAGACUGUUAAUGCAGAUAGCUGCUGUGUUGCAUGCCUUUAGGCUAGUGGAGGUGAAUUUGAAUCAAACUCCAUCCAAAUAUUGGGAAUUGUAGCCAAGCAAGUUAUCUGUCCUAGGAUGAAUAUGCAAAGCCUUGAAGAUGAGGGUGAAGGAUGGCUGAAAGUGGGAAUCCCUAUGUUGGAUUGUUCAGCAACUGGUAACUGUUUUUAACCUCUCUGGUCAGUUCAUAGGCAGCUUUUAGUAGCUAUUGGUUCAUAGCCAGUUGUACCAAUUAUGCAUUCUAUGAAAUAGGAAUUUUACACUUUAAGUGAGCACUCCUUCUCCCAUGUCCCAUUGUUAUACGAAACUUAAAUAGUGCUUGUACUCAGUUCUCUGUUGUUCAAGCUUUGGUCACUUUUUGCACUUAUUGUCUUUUCUUCAAGGUGCUGACUGUGCUUGCACUAGCUUUUUUUUCCAAAGCCUUUUGAGUUUUGCGCUGAUGAGUCUUGGUCAUUGCUUUCACUUGUGCUGCCUUGCAUACAACUCAUUAAGUGUUUGCACUCGUACUCUCUUAUACAAGACUUAUCAAGUAUUUGUGCUUAUGCUGUCUUCUGCAAAGCUUGCUGAGAAUCUGUGCUCAAUCAUCCUAUUAUAUAAGGGCUGACCAGUGUUUAGGCUUAUAUUGUUCCUUAUAUGAAACAUUGCAAGUGCAAUUAAGUGAAAGUGAUCUGCUGUUUUGUGUGUAGAAGUGUUACUGUCAUUUCUCAAGGAUGUGAUUACUUGCACUAAGCUCUGGAAUCAAGAUUGGGGAUUUCCUUGUGGCUCACAAGAUAAAUUCAGCCUCUAAGUAGAUACAGAACCAUUAGAAACAUAAGGUUACAUGUUUGAUUUCUGGCCUGUGUUUAAUUAGCUGAUCUCAGCCAGAAUGCUAGUGGACUACUACAAUUAACCUCAAUUUAUCCAUGUUUGGCAGGGGAUAAAUUACCUUGGAUUCCCACUCUUUAUUGCCAUCCAGUGGAAAGUGUGUGUGUAUGUGUGUGUGUGUCAAGAGUUGGCAAGGACAGGUUGUGCUUGGCUGUGAUGCACUACAUGUUGGUAUAGCCUCUCUACACUAAGGUCAGGGUCAUGACAUUCUGGGGGUCAGCUCUGCCACCACAGGUGCAAUGGACUGAAACCUCUACCCUCCCUAGACCCAGGGAGAGGGGCCAUUUACAUGGUCAGUAUGAGCACAUCACACCUGCAGGAACACUUGUUCCAAAUUGGCAGCUGGAAUGUCAAAUUGGUGCAGUGGCACUCCAAUAGCAAAAAGGUCUGGCGAUGUCGUAAAGAAGCUGCUGUCCUUCACCUUUUUUGCUCCAUGUGAAGGAGCUGGCCUCUCUGGGAAGGUCAGAGAUGAUUUUGAUUAUUUUUCCACAGUAAAUAUUUCAGGCCUUUUUCAGGGCUUCAUUGGGCCUCAUAGCAACUCUCAAUUGAUGCACAUCUGUUAAAGCCUAAAGAAAACAUGAAGGGUGAAAUUUCCACAGUAGCCCAGAAACUCCUUCAGAAACAUCCCUUUGAUAAGGAGAACUGCUUACAGCCCCACACAUCAGAAUUUAAAGAGUGACCAUGAAAUGGAGUGGAAUCACAGCAUAACAAAGUCCCACCCCAAAUUCUUGGUGCCUUGUCCCUGACUGAAAAUUGGGCUUUCUGUUCUCCCCAAACCCAAAAAUGCUUGAGUCUGAGAGUUUAAGCUCAUAUGAAGAAUGAUCAAGUAGGUGAUGUACUGGAACCUCAUAGCUAAUUUUACCAUUGUGAUUUUUAAGGUAAAUGUAUA